AAAUAUAAACAUGACCUAAAUUUUUUUAUAAGAUAACUCCUAAAAUACCAACGAAAUAUACUAAGUCAAAAUCCUAACAUCUAAAGAGAUAAUAAUUAAGGGAUAAUGAGAAAGGAACAAUGAUCACAUACAUCAAUAUCCUCCCAAGUCAUAUACGAAUAUCUUGUGGGGUCCAUGGGGUACUCCUUUCUGUUGCCUGUCUUUCUUGAAUGCUAUUUUCAUUCAGUAAACCAAUUGCUUGUUACUAACUUGCUGCAAAUUGGAUUGAUUCUUCUGGUAUUAACUAUAUUUUCUCUCUGCAACAAUUUCUUAUUUCCUUUCUAGAGAUUUCAAGUUGUUCUUGUUGAAUGUUGAUUACAUUAGUCUAUAUCUUUGCCUUCAACUUCUCUAAGGGUCCAUUUGUUUGACCAAAUAUGAGUCGGCGUGAACUAUAUGUCCAAAGGGAUCACUUAUCCGAUGUUUGGUUAUGAUUUUUACUACUCGGAUUGAACACCCAUCGGCUAUAUAAUCUUGUCAAGUGUGGGAUAUACAGUACCAUGAGGGGGUGUGGUGUUAUUAACAUGAUCACUAUUAAUUCAUGGGAUUACUUAAUCCUAUGGGACUAUGUAUCUCUUCGCUGCCAGUAACAAAAGGACCCGAAAUAUAUUUAGCUUACUACAACGAACUUUGUUUAAUUUUCCUUAAGCUGAUUACUAGCAUGUUGUAUGAUCUUGGUUGCAGGGCAAGAAGCUUGUUAAAAUCAAAGAAAGAUGCCACAUAGAACCCGGCCCAUGACAGCGCUCUUGUUGUUUACUGGUCUCAAUGUCGUUUUAGUAUCAACCAUUACUCCAGUCUAUGAUUUUGUAUGUUUUCUUCCAUACUGGGAAAGAAGGAGAGAACAUCGUCGUGAAGAACGUGAGGCUGCCUUGGUAAAAGGUUCUUAAUCAACAUGAUCGUGACUCCAUGUUCAAGCUACAGAGACGAUAUGUGAUUUGGUUUGUGUGCAUAUAGCUAAUUGGCUAUGUAUUGUUGGAAAAUGUUUCAGCGAUAAAAAUUAAAAUGUUACCCAAUUUUCAUGUGAUAAUAUCCUCUCUAGCUAUUUGAGUCAAGCUUAUUAAUCAUUUCUUGAAAGGUUAAAA